AUAAAUAAAAAAGCAUAAAGUGGAAAAAAAAGAUAGUUAAUAUUUUUUAAUAGUAAAUUAAUAAAUAAAUCAAAUCAAAAAUAAAAUUUUUCAAAGAAAUAGAAAAUGUAAUUUGACUACUCUAGUGAUGAUGAAAAUGAAAUCCAAUCAAGUGGAUCAAAAGAUUGCUAAGAUACCUAAACUUUGCAAGAAAAUGAAGGAAAUUAAAACAAUAACAUAGCAAUCAAUGCUGAUUCAGAUAAAAAGAGCUUGGAUGCUAACGGAAAUAAUGACAGUACUUAUUUGAUUCAGAAAAUAGAUAAUGAAGUAAAAAUUAUACAAGAUCAGCAGCAAGAAGAGCAAAAAUAGCAAGAGUUUAAAUAGUAUUAAGAAAAAUUCGAAGAACUAACUAAACAAAUAUUAGAUAAACAAUUAACAAUAGAAUAGCUUCAAUAAGAGUAAAAAUAGCAAGAUUUUAAAUAGUAAUAAGAAAAAAGUGAACUAACUAAACAAAUAUAAUAUUAAGAAUUAAAUAUAGAAUAGAUGAAAUCAGAAAUUGAUGAAUUCAAAAUUUAAGAAUAAUUAUUAAAGUAAUAAAAAAACAAAGCUUAAAAUGAAUUAGAUGUAACAAGAAAUUAACUUUAAGAAUAAACUAGUUUGAGAUUUGAUGCUGAAAACAAACUAAAUCAAUUAUAUAAUGAAUAUUUAAAAUUAAAAAAUGAAAUGGAUCAGAAUAAAAUCUCUGAAUAAAACAAGAUUAAAGAGAAAGAGGAAAGUAAAAUCAAAUUACUCUAAUGGUAAGAAAAUUAGAAAUACUACGAUGGAAUCUAAAAAAAUUAAUAGAUAAGAACGGUAUAAAGUUAAAACUUUAUUUAGGCUAUCUAGAGAUAACAAAAAUUUUAAUAAUAAUACCAAAAUAAUAACUUGAUGACAAUAAACAUUAUCCAAUAAGUCCAUGCUUAAUUGCCAGCAUAACAAAGUGCUCUUGAAAAGAAAAAAAAAAAGCUUUAAAAAACUUUCUAUACACAAGAAAAUUCUGCAAGUAAUAAAAGCGAACCACGCAUAUCUCAAAGAUUUAAUUCAAUACAAAGUGUAGAAAAUAAUUUCUAAGUAAUUUAUAGUAAAUCAUCAGACAAAGGUUACAACGCUUUUAAAUCACAAUUAAGAUAAUCUUAUGGCUAGUAAAAAUAAUUUUAUUUUACUCCUUUAACUAUUAAAGAGAUUAUUUGUGGAGAAGAUGGUGAGUAUAGAGGAAACUAAGUGAAGUAAAAUAAAGUACUGAAUUUGCUAAAUCAGGAAAAUAUAACUCAUGCUGGCUAAGUACGUGGAGAUGGUAAUUGCUUUUUUAGAUCUAUAAUCAUUUUAUAUUUGAAGAUUAAGAUUUCCUAAAUUUAAAAUGAUAGAAAUAAACUUAAUAACUUCUUUAGUCUUUUAAGAAGCGUAAAAAUAGAAUAACCAACCAAUUUCAAAGAAUACUUCUAAACAUAUGAAGCCGAAUAAUUGGUAAAUUAUGCUAAAAAAGGCCUGGAGGAAUCUUUAAAUAAAAUUUUGCAGAGCUAAAACCCUCUUCAGUAAUUUAUCGAAGAAUUAAACUAAGAGAUAUUUGACUUUGCUUUGUAGCUUCUAACCAAAUCAUUGUUGCUAUAGGUUUUUUAAGAAUCUGAAGCUGUUAAAAUGUAUCAAGAUGAAAAAAGUUUAAAAGAAGAAAUUUUAGAUUUAAAUAAAGAGGCAGGUUCAGAUGUGCUAAACAUUCUCAUAGAAUCGUUAUUAAAUUGCCAAUUAUAUCUGUUGAAAUGUGACAAAAAUAAUAACAUAGCAUGGGAAAAAAUUGAAUACUGUUAGGAAUUUUACAAUGAAAAAUUUUAACAAUUUUUCCUUAGUGAAAAAUAACCAAAGGAUUUAAACAAUGGAUAAACAGAUAAAGUGUAUUUAUGGUACAAAACAGGUCACUACUACUACCUUUUGACUGAUAAAUAGAUGACACUUAUUUAACAAUCACUUUAAAUUCAGUCCAAUAAUUCUUAUAGCGAAUUUAACUAAUAAGUAUUUUAAUAAAAUAAUUACAGCUAUGACUAAGUUCAAUCAUCAGGUAACGAUUAAUUAUUUCUAAAUGAAUAAUUAUAAAAAAACAAUUCUUUAAGACAUAACGAAUCUAAUAGCUAAAAUUAUAAUAAUUCCUUUUAAUAAAUACCACAAACAAUUAAUCUAUGUUAAUAAGAAUCAAAUUAAAACUAAUAUGAAAUUGUUUAGUAAUAGAACUAAUAAUUCUAAAGAUAAGGUACUUAACAAGAAUUUAAUAAAAAUAACAGUAAUAACUAAUAUCAUUUUGAUCAAAAUAUUUAAAAUAAUGGUGUUAAUAACUAUAAUUAAUAAAAUGCCAUUUAUUACAAUCAAGUUAAUAAUAAUAGUAACUAAUAAGUCAUCAACUAGAAUUAAGCUAACUAUGCUGAAAAUUACUAGUAAAUGAACUAAUUUGAAAAUCAAUAACAGUAACAGUAACAACAACAACAAUAACCACAAAAUUAUAUGAAUUAUAAUGGUUAGAAUUAAAAUAAUUUCAACUAAAAUGGACUUUAGCAGAUUCAAAAUCAAAACAGCUAUGGCCAACCAAUACCUUAAUAAAAUUAAAUGACGAAUAAUUUUGUAAAUGGCAAUUAGCAAGUUUAGCCCCAUUAGAAUUAGUAUAACUAUUAGUAAAAUCAAUAAAACAAUUAUAAUCAGAAUAACUAUUAAAAUUAUUAAGUUGAUUAGAAUUAUUAAAAUUAUAAUAAUAACUAAUAAUUACAAUAAUAAAAUCAAUAAAUGGUAUAUUAGAAUAAUGAACAAUAAAAGUAGUUUGUUUUUUAAAAUUAUUCAUAAAAUAUUAAAUAAUAAUAGUAAUAAAAUUGA